AUGGCGGAACGACGCUGUUCAGUGUCGCGUCAACCUUUUGACAGAUUUAUUCCGUUCCGACCAAACUUGGACGUAGACUCCUCAUACGCGCGGAUAAUGUCGUCGGCACCGUCGGGAUCCACUCCUCGUGCAUCGUCGGUUGCAGAUUGCAGCCAGUUUAAAACGCCGUUGUCCAAAGAGUACACGCGCCUGCUGUCGGAGUCAACGCCCAUCGGCCGUGGAAGCAUCCUACCCAUCCGACGGCCACCGGCAACUAGUCCGUUCAGCAAGCGUAUGGACCACCUGUUCGGCGUAAGCCCUGUGGACGAGGGGUACGACUCCCCCGGCAAGGCGAACGUCCAUCGCCGCAUACCCGCCUCACCAGAGUGUAUCAUGGACAUGCCCGGUCUCAGGGAUGACUUCUACACGAACCUGCUGGACUGGAGCGUAGGGAACAUGAUCGCCGUCGCGUUACACCAGUCAACGUACGUAUGGAACGCGGAGAGCAAGGAGUGCCAGCGCAUCGAGAUCUACGUGCCUGACGUCACUUCCGGUUACUACAUAUCCGCUCUCUCCUGGGACACCAAGGAUGGAAACCUGGCCAUUGCCGAGAACAAGGGCAGAAUAAAUGUGUGUGACGUUGAAAAGAUGGCUACGAGUCGGCAGUUUGACGCCUGGAGCGAGAAGUGUCCUGUCGGUGUGAUUAGAUGGACCGAUUACGGGCUUAUCAGUGGAAACAGAAAGGGAGCGAUCACAUUGCACGACAUGCGGACCAAACAUCCACACAUGGUAUGUCUCACGAACGGCUCCGCGCGGGAGGUUUGCGGCCUCGCGCUGUCUCACGGUACUUCCUGUCUGGCGUCUGGUGGUGACGACGGCGUGGUCAACCUUUGGGACAUGCGCAUGAUGCAGAAAAUCCGCUCCAUUACGGCUCAUACCGCGUGUGUUAAGGCGCUGGCGUGGUGUCCAUGGCGACAAGGUGUUCUGGCGACAGGAGGCGGCACGAGUGACGGCCACAUACGGUUGUGGUACGCGCAGUCUGGGGACAAGCUUGGAGAGGCGUUUACUCGAUCGCAGGUGUGCGGUCUGGUUUGGUCUGAGGAGUACAAGGAGCUUGUAUCGGCUUUAGGGUCGGCCACGCCUGACAAAAAUGAUCUGAUCUUGUGGAACAUGAAGAACAGCGAGUUUGACCCAGUGGCCCGCCUGAGGCACCACAUGGCGCGGCCCCUGCACGUGGCACUCAGUCCCGACCAUACCACUAUAGCCACGGCAGGUGCGGAUGAGUCCCUGUGUCUGUGGAACACAUUCCCAAAGCGAUGUAGCCAGCGUCUGUGGAGUCCUUGGGAUCGCUCACCGCUCAACCCUAGCAGCUACAUCCGGUAAACGGUUUGGACGGCCGGAUAUGGUGUAAUAUUGACAACGUGGUUGGUUCAACUGUUAGUACAAAGUGCAUAUUCGCCUGUCAGUGAACAUUAUACGCACAACAUGGAAAACAUUCCGUUCAUUUAGUGCUAUUGUCAGUUAUCAUUUGUUUACCACUUUGACCUGAAAUUUAGGCACAUAACUUUGAAUUUAUUGUAUUUU